UAUGAGGAGGAACAUUUGGAAGGUUCUCAGUCAAAAGGUGCGUGCUGAAGCUACACUACUCUUCAGUCUUCUCCUGGAUAGUUUUUCAGUACCAACUACCAAGAAAGCUAUCCACAAGCGAUUCGAUCUCCUCCCAUAGCUGUUCCCAGAAGCAAUCGCAGAUGAGCACCGCUACUCCUCCGGCCACCGGCGAGAAGCCUCAGCCUCACGCGGUGUGCCUGCCGUUCCCGGCGCAGGGCCACAUCACGCCGAUGCUGAAGCUUGCCAAGGUCCUCCACGGCCGUGGCUUCCACGUCACCUUCGUCAACACCGAGUACAACCACCGCCGCCUCGUCCGCUCCCGUGGCGCCGCCGCCGUCGCGGGCCUCCCGGGGUUCCGCUUCGCCGCCAUCCCGGACGGCCUGCCGGCGUCCGACGCCGACGCCACGCAGGACCCGGCGGCCAUCAGCCACGCCACCAAGCACCACUGCCCGCCCCACUUCCGGAGCCUGCUCGCCGGGCUCGGCGGCGGCGGCGGCGCCGUGGCUUGCGUCGUGGCGGACAACCUGAUGAGCUUCGCCGUGGACGCCGCGGGGGAGCUCCGCGUGCCGUGCGCGCUCUUCUGGACGGCCAGCGCCUGCGGCUACAUGGGCUACCGCAACUUCCGCCCCCUCAUCGACCGGGGAAUCAUCCCGCUCAAAGACGAAGAGCAGCUGACGAACGGGUUCAUGGACAUGCCGGUGGACUGGGCGCGGGGCAUGAGCAAGCACAUGCGUCUCAAGGACUUUCCGACCUUCCUCCGCACCACGGACCCCGACGACGUCCUGAUGACGUUCCAGCUACACGAGGUUGAGCGGUCGGAGUCCGCGGCGGCCGUCAUCGUCAACAGCUUCGACGAGCUGGAGCGGCCGGCGCUCGACGCCAUGCGUGCCAUCAUCCCGGCCGUGUACACCAUCGGCCCGCUCGCGUCCGUCGCCGAGCAGGCCGUCGUCCCCACCGGCGGCCCCGUCGACGCGAUCAGCUCAAGCCUGUGGCGAGAGGACCCCACCUGCCUCGCGUGGCUGGAGGGCAGGGAGCCCCGGUCGGUGGUGUACGUGAACUUCGGCAGCGUGACGGUGAUGAGCGGCGAGGAGCUGGCGGAGUUCGCGUGGGGGCUGGCCGGCAGCGGCCACGACUUCCUGUGGAUCGUCAGGCCGGACGUGGUGCGGGGAGCCGGCACCGCCUCGGCGGCGGCGGCGGCGGCGCUGCCGCCGGGGUUCGCGGAGGCGACGCGGGGCAGGGGCCUCCUGGCGAGCUGGUGCGACCAGGAGGCCGUGCUGCGGCAUGGCGCGGUGGGGCUGUUCCUGACGCACAGCGGGUGGAACUCGACCAUGGAGAGCCUGAGCGCAGGCGUGCCGAUGCUGUGCUGGCCCUUCUUCGCGGAGCAGCAGACCAACUGCCGGUACAAGUGCGCCGAGUGGGGCGUGGGGAUGGAGGUCGGGGACGACGUGCGGCGGGAGGCCGUGGCGGCGAGGAUACGGGAGGCGAUGGGCGGGAGCGAGAAGGGGAGGGAGAUGAAGCGCCAGGCGGCGGAGUGGAAGGAGGCCGCCGCGCGGGCGGCGGUGGAGUCGCUCGCGAACCUUGACUCGCUGAUCGACGGCGUGCUGCUCUCCGGCAUGGGUGGUCGACUCGCUACUCGCUAGCGAAAUGGCGUGAACGGUGGAUGGCGCCUUACGUCAUCAACGAACAUGCUCUGCUGCGCGGUGGAUCAGGGUCACAGGAGCCGCUGGAAGGACGGUGAGGUCGUCUGAAAAACUGAAAUGGUUGCGUUUUCCUGCCCACUUCGAGACGUUGUGAUGUAAGCGUUUGGAAAAUGUAGUGUUCCCCUUUCGUCGUGUUGCUUAAUCGUGGUCGACAACGCCGUCUGCCGACGACUGCCACCGCUGCGGUGUUGUUUUAGGGCCUGUUUGGCAACAAGGUGUUAAAGUUUAACA